CUGCCCCCACCGGCGCCCGUCUGUUGACAGAGCCGCGGUGCCGGAGCGUGGCGCCGCCACUGCCGCCCGGCCGCGGGAGAGAGUCGAGAGGCGCCCGCAGCGCCGCCGCUCGCCGUCCGCCACCGCCGCCAACCGAGCGCCAACCGCCAGUGCGCUCCGAACCGCGGUGUGGGGAGGUCACGCGCGAUGACAGAGCGAGGAGUGCGCGCGAGCGACCAGCGGCGCGGCGGCUCUGCAGUACGUGCUGACAGUGUGGGUGCCGGCGGUGACUGUGGUAUGUCGGAAGGAGACGCCAUGUUGCCGGAGCAGCGGCCGCAGGAGGAGGGCGAGGCGGCCGAGCCGGCAAUGGCGGAGGCGUCGGCGUCGGGCGCCCGCUCGCCCGGCGCCUCCUGCCUGGCACUGCGCCAGGCCGUGGCUCAGCUGAGUCGGCUGGACGACUUUAGCCUGGAAACGAUCGGCAGGGGCUUCUUCUCGGAGGUGUACCGGGUGGUGCACCGGACGACGGGCCAGGUGAUGGUGCUGAAGAUGAACCUGCGGCCGUCCAACCGGUCCAACAUGCUGAAGGAGGUGCAGCUGAUGAACAAACUCAGCCACCCCAACAUCCUCCGGUUUAUGGGCGUCUGUGUUCACGAGGGCCAGCUGCACGCGCUGACAGAGUACAUUAACGGCGGCAGUCUGGAGCAGCUAGUGCAGUCGCCGGAGCCACUGACGUGGUGCGCGCGCACCCGGCUGGGCCUGGACAUGGCGCAGGCGCUCAGCUACCUUCACAGCCAGCAGGUCUUCCACCGAGACCUCACCAGCAAGAACGUGCUGGUACGGCGGAACGACGACCUGACGCUGACUGCCGUGGUGGGCGACUUUGGCUUGGCCGCGCGCAUCCCCGACCCACGCGUACCGAGCCGUCUCAGCACGGUUGGCUCGUUCUGGUGGAUGGCGCCCGAGUGUAUCUCCAACCUGCCGUACGACCAGCGAGCGGACGUGUUCAGCUUCGGCGUCAUCCUGCUGGAGAUGGUGGGACGCGUCUCGGCCGACCCGGACGUCCUGCUGCGCACACCCUCGUUCGGGGUCGACUACGUGGCGUUCGCGUCUCUGUGUCCACCCGACUGCGACCUGGAGCUGCUGCUGCUCGCCUUUACCUGCUGCCUGCACGCCGCCAGCAGCCGGCCGUCCUUUGCCGAGCUGGUGCGGAGGCUGGAGGUGCUACUGGCGAUACUGAGACCCCAGGCGGACGCAGCACGCCGGCCCAUCCCCGCAGCCGCACCCACUACCCACUGGCGCUGCUCGCGGGAGGACCGGCUGGCUCACCAGCUGCUGAGCGAGGCCUGCUCUCCGAGUGACAAGGCGCGCCUCCACCGGCGGCCGUGGCGGCGCCAGGAGACCCUGCGGCGCCGGCCGGCCACCGGUCCGCUGGCCGUCGCCCGGAAGAUGGCGGCACGCGACCCCGCCUACCGGCCCGGCGACACCACCAGUCCGUUCGCCACGCUGCAGCGUUACCGGCAGAGCCGCCGCGCGCCGCCGCCCGUCUGCGCCGACAUCUACAGCUCGUGUCUGGAGCUGGCGUGGCCCGGUGGCGCGGCGGCGGCCCCGGAGCCGGUCCUGGCGCCCCGCGUCGGCUGCCACAGCCUGCCGGCCAGUCCGGUGUGCGGCCGCCGGGCCGACUGCGACCGGCCGCCGCCCGCCCUCACCCUCACCGAGGCGCCGGCGCUGCGCCGACUGGCCUCCUGCGAGUCGGGCUUCUACAGCAGCGUCGGCGAGGGCGAGCGGGCGUCAGUGUCCGACCUGUCUCCGGCCUCGCUGCGGUCGGCCUGUAGCCACGACGACGCCUCGCUGGCCACGCUGGCCUCCUCCGUGUACACGGGCUCCUCGGACGACGUCAGCAGUCUGGGCUGCGACUCCGAGGGCCGCCCGGAGCGCUCCAGCGAGCGCUCCGCCACCGACUUCCGCCGCAUCCUGGCCUACUUCGAGCGCAGCGGCGCCAGCGGCCGGACGCUGCGGCUGAGUUUGGGCUGCCGGCAGCGGACCGCCGAUCGGCUGAGCCUGGAGCGGGCCCGGCUGCGGCUGCAGCGUGCCGAGCGCGCCCUGGUGCCCGACCGGCUGGUGGCCGACUGCCGGCGCCUCUUCGACAGCAGCGCCGAGGACCCCGCGCCGGCCGCAGGACAGAGGGCCAGGCCGCUGCCGCGCGUCCCCGUCUCCGAGGGGAUCGUGCGCGACAAGCGGACGGUUUUUGAGAAGAGCACGGGCGCGCCGCGGGCGCCCGUGUGAGCCGGCCGGGGCGAGGUGGUGUGGUACUGGUGACUCCCGUUUGGUCUGUGAUGGUACGAGUGAGUACAAACGGCGCCGGGAAACCGUCAGUCCGGCGGUGUGUGCUCUGCAAGUUACCAAUGGUGAGCUUUUUGGUCGCCCAAGACAGGAAUGUGACUUAAUUAAUCGUAUUGUAAGUUGUGCACGAUAACCCGAGCUUACUUAUCGUGUGAGACUAUUGUGGCCAUGAUAGACGUCCGUCCCUUGUUAUUUAUCUCCGGGUUUGGCGCUGUUCAUCAGUGAGGUGUCAGUUCUUCCUGCCAGUGUCGUGCUGUUAGUGCUUGUAACCUUUGUCUGACCCACUAUCAGCUAGUCUAAUGUCGGCAGUAGCCUUGAGACCGGCCUCGAUGGCCUCUGAAAGGCCGUCGUGGUGAAGGGGGCGACACCUAUAGGAACGUUUGGCCGGCCAGCAGCGCCAUCUGUUCCGAGUAGUGAGCCAGUUUCGCGUUGGCAAGGCUGUCUGUUCCGCGGUAAUCGUUAUUUGAACGGACAGAGUAAGUAGAUGGGCUUUCAUGUGACUUAGUGCUCAACGAACGCGGGGUUUGCGCCCCCCCCCUUCAGGUGCCUCGAUUGACGACCUAUCGGAGCGGGUGUUCGGUCCGAUCGCAGGUCCGGAUAAUAUCAGUACUUAUAAGUGCUCGGUCCCCAUGCCAAAGCUGCGAUUAAUAUUGUGUGAGAGUUGUGUGAGUGAUGUCCUCGAGCAUAAGAGAUGCUUGUUUUGAUCUUCCUGACAGAAUGCGAGUAUGUUAACCGAUUGAGUCACCCAAGAGUGUAAACGUGGCUAAUAUGUAGUUACCAUGUUGUGAUAGAAGCAAAUGAACUACAUGAAAUAGAAGAUGGGAUAUUAUUUUUGCGUGGUCAGUUGUUGAUGACUCGAUUUAUAAAGACUGUGUUGAUGGUGGUUUUGUGUUUACUUUGAAGAUGCAUCGUAAAUACACGUGAAAACUUC